CCCACGUUCCCACCAUCUAUUCAUUCUUAAAUCUCGAACUCUCUGCUGCUGCCGCCAGGCGCCCCAGAUCCACUCGCUCGUCUCGUCUCUCCGCUCUCUUCCGGACUUCCACUAGUCGCACACUAGCACUCGCCACUCGCCAGUCGCUACGACUAGUAGCUCCACCUCUGUAGCCUAAAGCCCACCCCCCAACACCACCCUCUGUGAAGUAGCUUGUCCUCUUCGCCGAGGCCGAGGUGACGCACAUGGCGCUGCCUCCUCCUCUGCUCCGCUUCUUCAUCGUCGCCGUGCUGCUCAGCUCGGUCGCCGCAUGGGUGGCGGCGGCGACGACGCUGCACGAGCGCGACGCGGCGGCGCUCAGGGACGUCCGGGCGGGGCUGCGGGACCUGCCGGGGUCCCGGUUCUUCGAAUCCUGGGAUGACGCCACCGACCCGUGCGACUAUGCCGGCGUCGUGUGCGAGCCCGACGAGGACGACCCGGCCGCGCUCCGCGUGUCCGUGCUGACGCUCGGCACCGGCCUCACCGACUCUCCCGGCCUGGCUGGCACGCUCCCGGCCUCGCUUGCCAGCCUCACUGCGCUCACGGACUUCGUCCUUUAUCCAGGACGCGUCGCGGGAGCUAUUCCGACGGACAUUGGGUCGGGUCUCCGGCGCCUCAGGCUGCUGUCCAUGUCCGGCAACCAGCUGACCGGGCAGAUACCCGAGUCCCUCGCCGGGCUGCCAGAUCUGCACACGCUCGACCUCGGCAAUAACCACCUCGACGGCUCCAUUCCCAGCGGCUUGCUGCUGCCGUCUUCGCAGAGCCUCAAGGUGCUCAUCCUAGCGAACAAUGGCGGCCUCUCCGGGCAGAUUCCAGACCAAUUUUCCAGCUCACAGCUUUUCCAUGUCGACCUAAGCCGGAAUUCCAUCACUGGCUCGCUCCCACCGCUGGCGCAGACAGUCCGCUACUUCUCCGUCGCGGCGAACUCAAUGCAGGGGAGCCUCGACGGCGCGUUCGGCAACGGUUCGGCUCCGACCGACUUGGCCUUCCUCGACCUCUCGAUGAACAACUUCUCGGGUUCAAUCCCGCGGGAGUUGUUCGCGCUCCCGAGCGCGUCGUCCCUUCUUCUGUCCCGCAAUAACUUCACCGGGUCCCUCGCCGUGCCAGCGUUCGCAUCGGAGCGUGCCGCAACGCCGCCGUGGUCGGUUGUGGACGUCAGCCACAAUGGCAUCACGGGGGAGGUCCCGGAGGAGCUAGCGGCCGUGGAGAGCCUGUACGUGAACAACAACCGGAUGUACGGCGAGGUGCCGGAGGCGGUGGCCCGUAGCGUGUUCGCCGGCCGCAUGACGACCUUCUACGCGCAGCACAACUUCCUGACGGGCUUCCCGGUGCCGCCGCUGCCGCUGCCGGACUCCGCAGCGCUGUGCCUCUCUUACAAUUGCAUGGAGCUACCGUCCGCUUCUGCCGCCAACGGGUGCCCCACCAUCGGCGGCCCAAUGGAGUCCAGGCCCGCCGACCAGUGCCGGAGCAGCACCGCAGCCAACGCCGGCAGCAGCGGAGGGGACGGCUGAGCCGCCAACAUUCCUCAAGGCUGACAGGUGGGGCCCACCUGGUUCAGCUCAUCAGCUGGGCACGGGUGGGGGCGUGAGGAAGGGACGGCCAGGAUAGCUAAGCCUGGCUCACACAUUUUCGUUUUGUCCGUUUGUUUCGGGUGUGGUUUUCAUGUGAUUGGGUUUGAAUUCAUCGGCAUCCGGGCUUGUCGUCGGGCGCGCAACGGUUACACGGCUACAAGGUUAGCGCGUUCUUGUGCGUGUGUGCAAUUACUCGCUCUGGUAGUUUGUACGCUGCGUCUGUGUUACUCUGUUCAUUGUGAGUAGCUGGCAGUGUCCAUUUAAACAACUCUGUUCAUACUCUACUAAGUCAGCUAAUGUAAAGGGAGGCACUAUUUUAGGGGGUGUUUAUUUUUUAAAGUA